GAACCGUAGCAGCAAGUGGAUAAGAAAAGGCUCAUAAGUCGUCGCCUCUGCGCAAUUGCAGUUGAGCCCUCCUCCUUUCCAUCCUCAGGCUCAGCUGACAGUCGAACAGCACCGCUCGACAAAUCACAAGCCAAGAACCCAUCACUUACACACACCUCCCCCAUUCAAACCCCCAGAAACGUUGCCCUUGGCCUCGUAGAGGGCGAGGCCGCCCCGCAGUGCAGCAAUGCCCUCCUCCAUCGUCGUCAUGCACUACCAGCCAAGCGAGACCCCCGUCGGGUUCUACACGGCGCAGCAGCAGAGCGAUCUCGCCGACCCCGGCUGACGACUCGCUCUGGGGAGAGGCCGCCGUCGCCAGCUGGACAGCAGUCCCGGCACCCGCCAGCCCAGCCGCCUUCCUCCCUCCGCCGUCCGUGCCCGCACCGUGGCACGGCAUUCCCCUGGCCACAGCCGGCCUUGACUUUGCUGGCUGGCUGCUGGCCGGGGACAUGGCACUGCCCGACCUGUCUGAUUUCCGCGUCGACGACCACAGCCUGGGCUCGGGACUUCAGGCGGACAUGGGGAUGGGGGCCUUCAAUCCUGUGCACUCAGCAUCUGCCGGGUCCUCCGCCAGUCCCACCUCCAACAACACUCCAGGUGCCUCCAACACCCCGGAUGCCCAUCUCAACCCUGACGAGGUUUCCCAUGACGCCUCGUCCAAGAGCCCUGCACUAUCCUCUCUUGACUUCAAAGUCCGCAAGCGGGAGCGCAACACGGCGGCGGCCCGCAGGUACCGGCAGAAGCGCCAGGACAGGAUCAAGGAGCUUGAUGAGGCGCUGGCCGAGGUGACCAAGGAGCGUGACGAGCUGCGCCUGCGGCUCGCGCGCCAGGAGGCGCAGACCGCGACUCUGAGGGAUCUGAUGGGCAUGUCAGCUAGUGCGACCAACAGGACAGGUUUGGGGGGUUGACGGAGAAGAGAAAGUAUUGGUCGUGUUCCUAGUCGCUGUGGUUGAAUCACCGUGGUUUCCUAAAUGCAACACAAUCGAUCCAUGUUGCCAAAACUCGGGUUAGCUUUCGGGACAAGUUCAACAGUCAUGUGUUGCAAAUAACGCAAUAAUCAAAUCCCAGACGUGACAGAUCAGAC